AUGCUCAACUCUCAACAGAAUCUGUUUGCUCAGGCAGGAGCAAAGCAAGGCAGGGUCUUUUUAAAGGUUUCUUCUAUUGCUGAUUGGGGGAAAGGAGCAGCAAAUGGAUGUCAGCGAGUUGGAGGGCUUCUACAUGGAAGACUUGUCGCAAGUUACAGCGGUGCAGUUAUUACAUUUAUGUGCAACAAAGGUUACAAGCUGUGUGGAUCUUCCGUGAUCUACUGUGAUGGAAGAACAUGGAACAGCACAAAACCUGUUUGCAGAGAGUACGAUAUGAUGAGUAUGAAAGAGAAAGCUCAAGUCACCAAUGAGAAGCUUAUGGUGGGGGUUACUUCAAACUUAAGGAAUCCUACUGGUCACAAAUCAAGUACUGAGCAAAAUAUCAUCUCACAAAGGAAAGCAAGAAAUAAUACAAUCACCUCCACAGCACUUAAUCCCCCUACUGCUAACCACAUAAUCCCUAAGGAUAGACAAGACAGUUCACAAUUGAUAACCAUUUCUGCUAAUAAUGUAGAUGAUAGCCAAACAAACCAUGAACUGGUGCAUAGGUCAAAAAUUAAAACAUUGCUGUACUCCUUAGGAACUUCACUGCCAACUACAAGCGAAAGAGCAUCUGUUAAUGAAUCUCAUAAAGUAAAUGGAGUUGAAUCUUCAGCAUUUCCUUCUACAAUGAACCAGAUACCUGCAGUUUCUGUAUCCCCUCGCUGGUCCAAGCAAUUGUCACCUGUAACUACCAUUGCUACACCAAGCCUCGCAUCCAAAGAUCAGUUCUUUGGUACAGAUUAUGAUGAAACGAAUCAUUAUGAAUUAAUGAUUAAAAACAAAAGUAACCUGUUUGGGUAUUAUGCACAUACCACUAGAACAUUUAUAAAUUCUGAUACAGAACCCACUUCAACAACUACACCAGCCAGUGCUACAGACACAACUCAGAGCUUACAUUCAAGAUUUACAAGUUCAAAUGCAGCAUCAUCUAAUAUUUCUUAUAGUAAUCCUACAAAUAAAAUAAUGACUGUGAUACCUGAAAUUGUUGCUAAUUCGUCCACUUUGGAACAGAGGGAAAGUCUUGGAUCAACAAGCUCUCCUUUAUCAUAUAGUAGUUCCAACAGCAGUUCAAUCAAUGAUAAGAACCUGCCAGGUGAAGGCAAUUUCCCAACCAGUAGAUCUGCACCAGUAAUAAACACAAUCCAAGCCCAGGCUCUAUCAACUACUCACUUUCAUUCUUCAGCAGCUUCCUCUGAUGGUGUAAUGCUUAAAAACAACAGUAAUAGAUUCAGUCAAUCAUUGUCAUCACCAUAUGAGGCACAUACGACAAGAACAUUUAUAAACUCUAAUACAGCAUUGACUUCAACAGCUACACCAGGCAGUGCUACAGAGACAACUCAAUUCUUACAAUCGAGAAAUACAAGUUCAGAUGUUAGUAAAAUAUUGAAUGAUGAUAGAAGACAAGCCAAGAUAAAUGCACCAUCAUCUAAUAUUUCUUAUAUGCAUGUUUUAAAUAAAAUAACAAUAACUGUGAUACCAGAUACAUCUACUUUGGAAAAGAGGAAAAUUCCUGGAUCAACAAGGUUGCCUUCAUCAAAUAUUACCAGCAGUAAUAGCAGUUCAGUAAAGUAUAAGAACCCGCCAGGUGAAAGAAAAUCUCCUACAAGUAGAUCUGCACCAGUAAUAACCACAGCACAAUCCCAGGCUCUAUCACCUACUCACUUCCAUUCUUCACCAGUUUCAGGUGUUAGUAAGAUGGUUUAUGACGAUAGUUAUCAAACCAUGAUAAAUACAACACAAUCUAAUAUUUCUUCUAUGAAUUUUCUAAAUAAAAUAACAAUGACUGCAAUACCUAAACUAACUGCUAAUACAUCCACUUUGAAACAGAGGCAAAUUCUUGGAUCAACCAGCUCUCCUUCUUUGUUUUAUAUUGGUACCAGCAGCAGUUUAAUCAAGGAUAAGAACCUGGUAAAUGAAGGCAAUUUCUCUAAAAGUGGAUUUGCACCAGUACUAACCACAGCCCAAGCCCAGGCUUUAUCUGCUACUCUCUUUCAUCCUUCAGCAGUUGCUUCUGAUGGAUUAGUGCUUAAAACCAACAGUAACAUCUUUGAUCCAUCAUCAUCAUCAUCACCACCACAAUAUAAGGGACAUACCACAAGGACAUUACUUGUCUCUGAUACAGAACUCACUUCAACAGCUACACCAGACAGUGCUCCUAAGACAACUCAGAGCUUACAUUUAAGAUUUACAAGUCCAGAUGUUAAUAGAAUGGUGUAUGAUAAAAGCCAAGCCAAGAAAAAUGCAUCACUACCUAAUAGUUUGUAUUUCCAUUUUCUAAACAAAAUAAUAUUGACUGAGAUAAAAGAAAUUACUGCUAAUACAUCCACUUUGGAACAGAGGAAACAUUUUGGAUCAACAAGCUCUCCUUCAUCAUAUAGUGGUACUAGCCGGAGUUCAAUACAGUAUAAUAAUCCAGGUGAAGGCAAUUUCCCUACAAGUGGAUCUGCACCGGUAAUAACCACAGCCCAAGCCCAGGUUCUAUCAGCUACUCACUUUCUUUCUUCAGCAGCUCCCUCUGACAGUUUAAUGCUUAAAAACAACAGUCACGUGUUUGGCUCAUCAUCGUUGUCAUCAUACGAGGUACAUCCCACAAGAACAUUUAUAAACUCUAAUAAAGCAUUGACUACAACAGCUACACUAGGCAGUGCUACAGAGACAACUCAGAGCUUACAAUCAAGAUUUACAAGUUCAAAUUUGGUGAAUGAUAGAAGCCAAACCAAGAUAAAUGCAACACAAUCUAAUAAUACUUACACACAUUUUUCAAAUAAUAUAACAUUGAAAGCAAUUAUUGCUAAUACAUCAACUCUGGUGAAGAAACUUGGCCGAACAAGAUUUUCAUCAUAUAGUAGCACCAGUUUAAUAAAGAGUAACAACUUGCCAGAUAAAGACCACUUUUCUACAAGCGACUACGCACCAGUACUAACUACAGCCCAUACUCAGCCUCUGUCAGCUACUCACUUUCAUUCUCCAGGAGCUUCCUCUGAUGGUCUGAUACAAGAGCAAGAAAACCAGACUUCAACUAGAAAGUCAGCUGCAACCAAAAGCAGUAAUGUUGGCAACUUGGGAGUGAUUAUCUUGAAGCCACAACUACUUGAACGAAGCUACAACUCUAGUGCUCCUCGGCAUAAUGUAGUAUACAAAACCACAGUAAUGCAAAAAACUUUAUUCGAAAAAACAGAAAAUGUGCAGACAUUCAGAACAGAGACUGAAUCCAAAGCCCCAAAAGUUGCCACCACUCUUGCCAAAGCCAUUCAUUAUUUGCAUUCUGGCUCCCAAAGGAAAUAUUUCAGAAGGAGAAGGUAUUGCACAUACCCACCUGUUCCUACUCAUGGGACCUUCCGAUUUCUCACUAUGACUGAUCCAUCCCCAUAUCAGUAUCAGUACUACAUUCAGUACUUAUGUUAUCCUGGAUAUACUAUGUCUCAGGGGGACGUGUUUAGCUUCUGCUUGGACAAUGGCAUGUGGACUGGAGUCACACCUGUUUGUGAAGAACCCGCACCAUGUUCAAUUAACAACGGUGGCUGCUCACAGAUCUGCAAAUCCCAUGGCGAAGGGCAGACAGAGUGCGGCUGCAAAAUGGGCUUUCGGCUGCUAAGUGAUAUGAAGACUUGCAAAGAUAUAGAUGAGUGCAGCAGUGAGAAGAGACUGUGUGAGCACACCUGUACCAACACCUUUGGAUCUUUCCAGUGCGGCUGUUGGAAAGGCUUCACCCUGACAGAAGGUGGACGGACCUGUAUCCCUUAUACAUAACGUCUCCCAGUCAGUGUUGAACAGGUCCACCUGGAUAUCAGGAGAAAUCUCAGCAAGCCCACGUGUCAGUGGCCCCUCGUGUUACUAACCAUUUGGCCUAUUUCAUGGUCAUUACCUAUUGUUGGAUGGGAACAAAUGGGAAACAAAGAUGGAAGGAUAGAGUAUGGUACAUAAUGAAAACAGACUAGGAGAAUAAAGAAGUUAGAGGAUCAGUAACAUCAAUUU